UAGUGGAAAGAAUGGGUUGUCUACGCGUCUCUGGGCGAAGAAGAAACCAUACAUUUUGUUGAAGGUCGCAGUUUUUUGUCAUCUAUUGAUAGCGACGGAAUGCUUGCUGUUUAGAAGGGCCACAUGAAGAGAGGAGUGUACGUUCAGGUGGUGGGUUUAUGGAGACUGCUACGUAUGCAGCAGCCAGCUUACAUCGGGACCAAAAGCGGGUUGGAUAAGAAAGAGGCUUUCCUACCAUGAGAGCGAGCUAACCCCGUUUUUUAUGACGAGGGAGAAACAAUUGAACCAAUAUUGCUUUACAAAGACGCUGUGUUGGCAACAGUGAGAAUAGGCUACGAGGCAAAUCGGAGUUGGGUCAAGUUUUGGGGAAUGGCAGGUCGAAGCCGAAGAGCAUGGUUUAGUGUUCUGUUGGGGCUGGUUGUCGGGUUCACCCUGGCUUCCAGACUCAUAUUACCGAAGGCUACGGAGCUGAAGAAAUCCGGUCAGAAACGCAAGGCGAACCCAGCCGGUUGCGGGUUGAACGGGGGUCUGAGGAGAGAAUACGGUGGGGUGUUAUGGCCCCCGCAAGAUAACGGAUUUUCGGCGACCGAGAAGCCAGUUCCGAGGUCCAACAAUUUCCUUUACGUCGGCGUCAUGACUGCCCAGAAGUACCUGAAUAACCGCGCCAUCGCGGCACAUAGAACGUGGGCUCAGACCAUCCCGGGCCAUGUGGAGUUCUUCUCCAGCGAGGGUUCGGACACCACCAUUCCCAUCCCCAUCGUGGCGCUGCACAACGUGGACGACUCCUACCCACCGCAGAAGAAGUCCUUCAUGAUGCUCAAGUACAUGCACGACCACUACCUGGACCAAUAUGAGUGGUUCAUGCGGGCCGACGAUGAUGUGUACAUCAAGAGCGAGCGCCUGGAGGGCUUCCUGCGCUCGCUCAACAGCAGCGAGGCCCUCUUCCUGGGCCAGACGGGCAUGGGCGCCCGCGACGAGCUGGGCAAGCUGGCGCUGGAGCCCGGCGAGAACUUCUGCAUGGGUGGCCCCGGCGUGAUCAUGAGCCGCGAGGUGCUGCGCCGGAUGGUGCCCCACAUCAGCCAGUGCCUGCAGGAGAUGUACACCACGCACGAAGACGUUGAGGUGGGCCGCUGCGUGCGGAGGUUUGCCGGCGUGCAGUGCGUCUGGUCCUACGAGUGCUGCAUCGCACCACGCUAA